CGUCGCUCUCAGCCGCGGGACUUCGACACCAUGCGAAUAAAAGCGUUAAACGCGCCCCACACACGGUUUAUCCAGUUUACACGUUAAACGUUAACCUUCACCGCCCCCACCCACACCGACCGGCCGAGGAGCGGCGCAGCCCCGCCAACGAGUGGCACCAGGUCGUACCAUGCAGGGGAAUAAUGGCCACCUCCCUGUUUUUGUUGCUCCGGCCAACGGCUCUGCAGGCUACACUGCGGGCAAGGUUGUGCCCGGUCGAUUGCCUGUUCCUACCAAGGCUCCGCCCCCGCCACCAUUGAAGCGCCUGUCCCCGCCCCCUGCGCGCCCCCCGCCCCUUCACCCGUCUGAAGACAAGGCCAGACGGGAGCACGCGCAGAACCUGCAGAGGAAGAACACUUACAUUUGCACCGGUGUCUUCCUUGGGGCGUUCUUCCUCACCCUUAUCUUCAUUCUCUGCCUUACGUCCGGAGACGUCCUAGAUGAGAACUGCCCGGAUCAUGACCCGACUCUGAUAGACUGGAACCCGGGGACAGGCCCCAGGACACCUGCGGUGGUGCGCAGAGGGGACAGGUUCCGCCUGGUCGCCUCGGCCAGCCUCCAAUCUCUCACCAUCCAGUCCGGAGGGCUGGUGGUCUUUGCCGACGACAAGGACGGCUCGAAGAACAUCACCCUGCGGACGCGGCACAUUCUCAUCGAGGACGGCGGCGCCCUCCACAUCGGCGGCCCCGAGUGCCGCUACCGCUCCCGGGCCAUCGUGGGGCUGGUGGGACGCUCGGACGACGCGGGCGCCACCGAUGUGCCCGGCUUCGGCCGCAAGUUCGUGGGGGUGCGCCCGGGCGGCACCCUGGAGCUCCACGGCGCCCGCCGCCUGUCCUGGACGCUGCUGACACGCACGCUGCCAGCGUCCGGCCUGUCGGCGGGUUCCUACGCCUUCCAGAAGAACUUCAGCCGCGGCAUCAACCUGCGCGUGGUGGACCAGGACACGGGUGCCCGGUUGCACGUCGAGCGCUUCGACACGCACGAGCACCAGAACGACAGCCGCCGCCUCAGCCAGCUGCUGCGCUCUCUCCCACCCGGCCGCAUCGUUGCGCUCGCCGUGGGUGACUCUGCCGUCAAGAGCCUCCUGGACGAGACCAAGAAGACCAUCCAGGACGUCCUGGGCAGCACCUAUGUUAAUGAGCUCCAGUUCAGGCAGGCGUGGGCGCUGGUGUCCGUGGUCGGCGGCGGCAACGGCUCGUGCACGGAAGCCGUGCGCGAGCACGAGAACCACGACACGCGCGGCAGGGCCCUGGCGCACCGCAACUUUGUCACCGCCGACGGCGUGCGGUUCGCCGUGACUGCCUACAGCGAGUGGAGGAAUGGUUACGCCAGCUCGGGCUUCACGGUGGACGUGGAGGACCAGGUGGUCCUGGACUUGCAGGAUGAUGUCAGCAGCUGGCGUCCAGGGGAGCGCGUGGUGGUGGCCAGCACUGACUACUCCAUGCACCAGGCUGAGGAGUUCACACUUCUGCCCUGCCCCCACUGCACUAAGAGGCAGGUCCGCAUACAAGGGAAGCCCCAGUUCACCCACGUGGGGGAGAUCGUGGAUGGCGUGGACAUGAGGGCGGAGGUGGCCCUCCUCACCAGGAACAUCCUUGUCCACGGAGAGAUGGAGAGUACCUGCUAUGGCCAGAACAAGUGCCAGUUCUUCAGCCACGACACCUUCGGAGGACACAUCAAGAUCCUGGGCAACUUCUCCUCGGUGCACCUGUCCCAGGUGGAGCUGAGACACAUGGGACAGCAGGCGGUGCUGGGCAGCUACCCCGUCCACUUCCACCGCUGCGGGGACGUGGACCGGCAUGGCGGCUACGCACAGCCCGCCUACGUGGACUCGCUCGCCAUCCACCAUUCGUUCUCCCGCUGUGUGGUGGUCCAUGCCACCAACGGUCUCCUGGUCAGGGACACCGUGGGCUAUGACACCCUGGGCCACUGCUUCUUCCUGGAGGACGGAAUUGAGCAGAGGAACGUAUUUUUCCAUAACCUUGGCCUGGUGACCCGGCCCGGCACCAUUCUGCCUACCGACCGCAAUGACACCAUGUGCACCGAGAUACGAGACCGCGUGUACAAGGGCCAUGUUCCCUCACCCGCGACUGAGUGCAAGGCCGUGUCCACGUUCUGGAUUGCCAACCCAAACAACCACCUGAUCAGCAACGCAGCAGCCGGUUCACAGGAUGCGGGCAUUUGGUACGUUUUCCACAGUUCUUCCACGGGAGAUUCUCAUGGGCUGGUACCAGAGACGAGAGCAGAACUCACUCCGCUGGGCAUUUUCUACAACAACCGCAUCCACUCCAACUUCAAGGCGGGUCUGUUCAUCGACAAGGGUGUGAAGACGAGCAAUGCCAGUGCCGCGGAUCCUCGCGAGUACCUUUGCCUGGACAACAGCGCCAGGUUCCGGCCCCACGAGAAUUCGGACCCUGCCAAGCCGCGCGUGGCUGCCCUCGUCGACGCGCUCAUCUCCUUUAAGAACAACGACCUUGGCGCUUGGAUCCGUGGCGGCGACGUCAUCAUCCAGAACUCUGCCUUUGCUGACAACGGUGUCGGCCUGUCAUUUGCAAGUGACGGCAGCUACCCUAAAGACGUCGGCUCCAGUCAGGAGGUGGCUGACUCGCUGUUCGUGGGCGAGAGCAAGAACCGAGGCACUAACGGCGGCCUGAACAAAUACUGGGGCCUCGGUGGCGUGGACGGCAAGCUGCGGACGCUUCCCCGAAACAAGACGUUCCCCAUCCGGGGCUUCCAGAUCUACGAUGGGCCCGUACGGCUGCUCCGGAGCACUUUCCGGGCGUACGCCCCAACUCCCGAGCGCUUCACUAGCGCCGUGGGCUUCAACCUGAAGAACACCUGGCAGCUCACACCCAGGAACAACCUGUCCUCCCUGUCCUUCCUGUCCAGCGUGACCCUGCGGGCGUUCUUCGGCCGCCCAGGCCAGUGGUUCGAGGACAACGACCUUGACGGCGACAAGAACUCCAUCUUUCACGACGUGGAUGGCUCGGUGAGCGGCUACCCCGGCACGUACGUGGCGCGCGCCGACAACUUCCUGGUGCGCCACCCCGCGUGCGUGGACGUGCCGCAGUGGAACGGCUGCGUGUGCAGCGGCCGCUACGCGCAGGUGUACAUAAAGACGCAGGGCACGCCUAACCUCGGCCUGUCCGUCACCAGGGACGAGUACCCCGAGCGGCCCAUGCUGUUGCGGGGCAUCAACAGCCAUGGCGCGCUCUCGCAGCAAUACCAGCCCGUGCUGAUGCUGACCAAGAGCUACACGCUGCAUUGGAGCAGCCAGGCGCCCCGGGAGGUCGCGAUCUCGCUGGUCAACUUUGAUCUAGGAGACUGGGCUUUCCUUGGACUGUGUUACCCCUCAGAUACGGUAUUCCAGGUGGUGUCGGAUAUCUACGACAGGCAGAACAAUGUGUUUGAUGGCAUGGAGGACUAUGGCUCAGUCUCCUCCCUGGCCGAACUACAAAAACGACCCCUGGACAGGAAGUAUUUUUUUGACAGCUCCACCGGGCUGCUGUGGCUGUACGUGCGGGCUCAGCAUGGCCGUAGCGGCUACAGCUACUGCUCUGUGCGAGGCUGCGAGCGUGUGAAGAUCACGGCCACCACCAGCACCAAGCAGACCUGCAACUGCACCGCCCGUGCCUACCCCAAGUACCGCAAGCAGCCCAGCGCCACCACGCCCAUGCCCCCGCCCACCACUACGCCCUGCACCCGCUGCGGAGCCUCCAAGCUGGUCUUCUCCAGUGACCCGUCCAGCAGCUACCUCCAGACCCAGAUCAAAGCGCUCAGUCUCGUGGAGGAGCAGAACAACGACACACGAGCCUUUAUCACUGUGAACGCCAAGCAGUUUAACCUCACCCAGGUCGGCUUCCUCGUGGUCGCCGCGGAUGCCUGCACUGGCAAGGUCACCAAGCAAUCCUUCUUCCCAAAGCUGGACUCCAAGAUGAAACAGCAUUUCACCAGUGGGAUCCCAGCCAGGUCGAUCGUCAUGCUUGCCACAAGGGGUCAGCCGGAUGGAUUCGCCAAGGUCGCGCCGCAUCUGGUCCCCCUGGGAGCAGCCAAAGUGGCAGACCUGCAGGGCAGAGGGAGUUUCGCCUUCUUUGGCUUCCAGGGGGUGGCCACGCGCCCGCCAUGGGUGUCUCUCCUGGUCGGACAGGGGGAGGAGCCUGUGGGCAUGAUUGAGAGGUACAUCCCACUGGCGCUGGAGGAGUACUCUUGUCCUCUGGGGGCAGAGCCAGCGAAACGGAAAGAUCUGGAACUGCUGAGAAAAGCGCGGCGUUAAAAAAAAAAAAAAAAAAAAAAAAAAAAGUUUCCCAAAUGUGAACAAAAAAUAUGAUGGACUGAAUGUGAAAUAAUGAAAUUUAUUUAUUUAUGGCAAAAAAAACCAAAAAAAAGCUUGGGGGGUAUUUUAUAGAUAAAUGCGAGUAUGAAAAUGUGUGUGGGUGAAAGUGUGUGUGAGGGAGAAUGUCUGUUCUUUUUUUUUUUUGGUCCAUGGAACCCUCUGUUGCACUUCACAUUAGGACUGAUCCAAACAGAAUUAUAAACCCACGUUCUGGAAAAAAAAACGCACACAACCUGCGUUAGGGACUGAUUCACUAUUUUCAUUUUCUGCCUUCAAUCCAUCUCUUAUUAAAAGCCUUUCUUAUCAUGAGAACAGAGCGUGGAAGAACCUCUCGUUGCCCAGCGACACCCCCCCCCCCCCCCAGUCCACGGGUGCUUUGAAAUAACGGGGGAAGCAGUGAUUUUAAAUAACCUAUGGGUUGAAACAAAUCCCAAAACUUUCCUUUUAAAGAAGGAUCCUUAAUCCCAAAGGCAGAACCAUUCGCCUACAAUGGCCUAGAAACCCAGGAGUGCCGCUAGAACAUCACCGUGCCUGCGUCAGGAGUUAGCUUGUGGACGGGCCUCAGAGUUCAUUUUGUUCAGCUUCAGUUAGAAAGCUGGUCCAUCUUAAGAUGUGGUGUGUGUGUUUUUUUUUUUUUUUUUUUUUUUUUUUUAAAUGCUUCGUGGAAUGUUUUGGAAGCCAUUGCAGGGCUUAAUACCUCUUACAACUUGGUUUAUUAGUGAGAAAAUCUUAGAUAACCAUGUCAGCUUUUUAAAUAAAUAUUUUUUUAAAUAUACAUAUUUAUUGUUCCUUAUCAGUAUGCCAUGUCAUGGGCAUAGAUUUGGCAAUACUGUUAUCCACAAAAUAAUUGCUGCUUACACACAUCUACACACAACACGCAGCACGGUUUCGUGGCAUUUUGAGUUGAGUUCACAGUACUGGGCCUCCAGCACACAGUGGGUCGGUGGUGAUAAGGGCACUGUUUUUUUCACGGCACAGUCCAGGACGUGACUUCUGUCUUUUCCUAUGGCUCUGAAUAGCAUGCCACUUGAAACAACCCCCCCUAGCCCCCUUUCCUAGAGGACCUCUGGUCAGGAGUCCGUGGACCCAGCGCCGGUCACGGGGGCUGCCAAAGAUUAAAAAACGAACCGGUGCAGCAUAACAUCUCAGCCAAGACUGUCGGUGACUACUGUUGGUUUGCCAUCUAUGUGCUUAAGAACAGCGCGCCGUUGAAACGGUUAUUCUAAUGUUCAUUAUGGGUUAAGUGAAAAACCCAAAUGUCUGUGUUUUCUGUUUAAGGGCUUACAGGGACGAGAUAGUGACUCUUUGUUAACCACUGUAUUGUAAAAAGAAAAAAAAGGGUUGUGUGGGUUGUAUGGCGGAGUUGAUAGCUGAAGAAAGCAUAUUGCAAGAUGUGAAUAGGGCUUGUUAAUACUAUACAAGUGCCUUUUUGCUUUUAAUUUUUUAAAUUGUUUUCAAUUACCAGUUCUUUAAUGUUUACUGUAAAAGCUUUUUUGCUUAAAAUUUAUAUUCUGUUAAAAUUGCAAAGUUGAUAAAACAUUUAUACUUUGUCA